AUGCCGGAUCUUUCAGAUAAGUACGGCCCUGAGGUGCAGAAGGUCUCUGCCAGCACGCAUAUCGACGAUAUCAUUUACCUCCUCAAGCGUGAUGGCGGUGUCUUCGUUCAGGGGCUUGUUCCCGUCGCCGACGUUGACCAGGCAUUUGAGGAGUGCCGUGAGCGUCUCGAAAGCGACGUUGAGUGGAACGGAUCAUUCUUUCCGAAGGAGACCCAGCGGGCGCCGGCUCUACUCGCUCUGAGCCCCACGUACGCUAGAACUCAGAUGAUGAAUCCAACCUACCAGAAAGUGUGUGAGCACUUCCUGACUACCAAGAGCUGGUUUUGGUGGGGAAAUGAGAGGAAGCAGUCGGUUUCCAAGCCGUAUGUCCACUCCUGUGCAGCCAUGAGGAUCGGACCCGGGGGAAAGGCUCAGCCCCUGCAUCGGGACGACUAUAUCUCCCAUAAUAUCCAUGAGGAGAUAGAAGAGUGGGAUGACGAGCGAGACAAGAACCGAGAAACGGCUGUGGGUCUCUUUGUGGCUGGAAGCAAAGUGACGAAAGAAAACGGGGGAACUCAGUUCAUCCCACGCAGCCACUUAUGGGGCACUCACAGAGACUUACCGCCACGAGUCGAUCAAUGCAUCUACGCCGAAAUGGAGAAGGGCGACGCGUUCAUCAUGUUAGCAUCUGCGUAUCAUGCUGGCGGGCACAACACAACUACGGAUGAAAGACGUUUGAUGUUCGCGACGUUUUCUAUCAGAGGAUAUCUGAGGCAAGAGGAAAAUCAAUUUCUUUCCGUACCUCUCGAUAUCGCCAAGACGUAUGAUCGACCUAUUCAAGAAUACAUGGGAUACGCCAUAAGUGAUCCUGCUUCGACAUCCAAGAAUGAGACAGAGCUGGCAAAGGCCAAGAAUCUUGCCUACGUACCAGGCGGAGACGAGUACGAGAGAAUGAUCUCGGGCAUGCUAUACAACGCAUUUUGCCCCGAGCUUUCCCUCGCACGAUUCCAAGCCCGCGCAUGGAUGCAUAAGUUCAACACGUACUUCCCCGAAGGCCCGGAUGCGACGGCGGAGGGUCUGGAACAGUCACGUUUCCGGAUGCUGCGUGAUCGUUUGGGCCACGUGGGAGACGGGAGUUUUAUUGAGCCCCCAUUCCGGAUUGACUACGGCUUCAACAUUAGCGUUGGCGACAAAUUCUAUGCCAACUAUAACCUGACUAUACUGGAUUGUGCCAUUGUUACCAUUGGGGACCGAGUUAUGAUGGGUCCGAAUGUGUCAAUCUUUGCUGCUACUCACGAAGUUGAGGUUGAGAGUCGGCGAGCAAACAUUGAAUUCGCCAAGCCGGUUCAUAUUGGACACGAUUGUUGGAUUGGAGGAAACGUUGUGAUUCUCCCUGGUGUUGCGAUUGGACAGGGCUGUACAAUUGCUGCUGGGUCUAUCGUCACUAAGGAUGUCCCAGCUUGGAGCGUGGCAAUGGGAUCCCCGGCGCGGGUAGUGAAGAAGGUGACACGGCUCGACUAA